GGCUUUCCACAUCUGUUCCUUAUCCGGCGCUGAUAAGAUCCCCCUUGCUUGUCAUCUUAGAUCUCUCAAAAAAGCAGCAACGCCAACAUGAGCACCCCCACUCCCUCCAUCAACGGCGCGCCCACUGCCACCCCGCCCGCCGCCACGCCCUCAUCUGGCACCGCCAGCGCUGCCCCCGCCCGCUCUGCCCAGCGCGAUGGCGGCAGCACGAACCUCGGUACCUUUGGUGUCAAGUCCGGCCUUGCACAGAUGCUCAAGGGCGGUGUUAUUAUGGACGUUGUGAAUGUUGAACAGGCACGCAUAGCUGAGGAGGCCGGCGCGUGUGCUGUCAUGGCGCUCGAGCGCGUGCCUGCAGAUAUUAGAGCAGAGGGGGGUGUUGCGCGCAUGAGCGAUCCCGCGAUGAUCAAGGCCAUCGUCGACGCCGUCACGAUCCCGGUCAUGGCCAAGGUCCGCAUAGGCCAUUUCGUCGAGGCCCAGAUCCUGCAGUCGAUCGGCAUCGACUACAUCGACGAGUCGGAGGUGCUCACGCCUGCGGACGACGAGCACCACAUCAACAAGCACAGCUUCAAGGUCCCGUUCGUGUGCGGCGCGCGCAACCUCGGCGAGGCGCUCCGGCGCAUCUCGGAGGGCGCCGCGUUCGUGCGCACCAAGGGCGAGGCGGGCACGGGCAACGUCGUCGAGGCCGUGCGCCACUCGCGCGCGAUGAGCGCGGCGAUCCGCCGCGCGAGCUCGAUGAACGAGGAGGAGCUGUACGCGUUCGCAAAGGAGAUGCAGGCGCCGUUCCAUUUGCUCAAGGAGACGGCACGCCUCAAGAGGCUGCCGGUGGUCAACUUUGCGGCUGGGGGUAUUGCGACGCCCGCCGAUGCGGCGCUGAUGAUGCAACUGGGCUGUGACGGAGUGUUCGUGGGCUCUGGUAUCUUCCACUCCGGCGAUCCCGCCAAGCGUGCGAGAGCCAUCGUCCAGGCGGUUACGCACUACAACAACCCGAAGCUCCUCGCAGAGGUGUCGGAGGAUCUUGGUGCGGCGAUGGUUGGUCUCACGAUCGACGACAAAUUGAAGGGCGGCCGUCUCGCCACCCGUGGACAAUGAUCCCCUUCUUCACUGGUAUCACUUGAAUGGCAAGGCACCCUCAACAGGCGUUGUCGUUGUUGGGUUCCGCAGGGCGCCUGUGCCCGUGUGACAAGGGGCGUAUCAUAAUAAAAGUAUGUGUUGUGUAUACACACUGGGUUAGAGGCUGUGCACAUAUGAACGUUGUACUAUCUAUUACUAUGGUAGGCUAGAAAAAGAACAGUGUAUGGGAUAUAGGUUUUCUGGACGGUCAUUCGUAGUGCGUCG